CGGUCUAUAUCCCAAGUCAAACAAGCAAACUGCAGCACGGCCCACGACUCAAUCAGAUCAGCAGCAACUCGUAACAGUGUUGUCCUGACUGUAGGGAUCCCACAACUGAUAAGAGACAGUACCUUGGACUGCGACCUAUAGAUGUCAAGCGGCUUGCGUACAAACGACACCUGUCUGUCUAGAGCAAGAAUGGUGACCAGUCUAGAUGACAUCCAGUCUCUGCGCUUCUGGAAAGCAAUAGCAGCAGAGUUCCUGGGAACAUUGCUUCUUGUGUUCGUCGGAUGCGGAUCAUGUGUUUCCAAAGAAGCCAAUAUAGUAAGCAUAGCGUUAUGUUUCGGGCUGAGCGUUGCCACCAUCGUAUGGAUGAUCUGCCAUGUCAGUGGGGGACACAUCAACCCUGCAGUGACGGCGGCGAUGUUAGCGACGAGGAAGAUCAGUCUGGCGAGGGCUGUGUUCUACGUCAUCUUCCAGCUUCUCGGUUCCAUUGUAGGAGCGGGCUUGUUGUACGGGCUGAAAGAUGCAGGAGGAAAAGGUCUUGGGCUCACCCAAGUUAAUGAAAAGAUCGACCCAGGACGUGCAGUUGGGAUAGAAUUGUUCAUUACCUUGGUCCUCGUCUUCACAGUGUUCGCUUCCGUCGACUCCAAGAGGAAGGACCUCAAUGGCUCCACGCCUCUCACCAUCGGGCUCUCCGUCACUAUGUGCCACCUGUUUGCGAUUCCCUUCACUGGCUCAAGCAUGAACACUGCGCGGAGCUUUGGUCCGGCCGUAGUGAUGUGGGAGUGGACGCACCACUGGGUGUACUGGGUGGGGCCCAUCAUAGGGGGCGUGGCAGCCGGUCUCAUCUACGAGCACGUGUUCGCCGUCAACGCUUCGAUGACGAAAGCAAAGGCAUGCAUGUUGUCGAGCUCCUACGAUGACGAGAAGUACGAGGCCCAGAAGCUGAAGAUCCGUAUCCUGGAGGAGGAUGACGUGGAGACGAUUAACCUGAAGGACGCGGAGGCGGGUGCGGGGGAGGGUGAGGGGGGUAAGUCGAACCACGACGACCCCCCGGUGGAGGUGUAGAACAGACUGUCGGUCGUGCCGCCACAUCCCGGCGUUCUCUCACGUCUAACCUUAACUGCUACUUUUGUAGCUACGUACUGCCCCGUUUACACUUUCCGAAAUUUACAGGUAGGAAAUUGUUACGUAUCCAUUUUACAGGAACGUACUAUCAGUCAGUGAGUUACGUUUGAGUUCACAUGACUGCAUUAUGGCCGAUGUGAUGUAAAAGUGUAGCUCACUCUCAUGUCCAAUGCUGAUACGAAUACGGAUUUCAUUUCAAUCAGACUCCCAUAUCUCUCCAAAAUUCCAAAAUGACAUUGAAGUAUACCAGAAUAUUUUGAUUGAAAUGUAUUUGCUAAGUGUUGGCUAUAAACACGAACGAGUCGCAAUUCAUAUACUAUAUUUAGAAUACUGCUGCAGGAGGGGGGUGGGUGUGUGUGUGUGUGUGUGUGU